GCCCCGGCGAAGUGCCUCGCAGACUCUCUACAUAGUAAUGGUGGACAAGAUGGACGUAUCACUGGAGGAGAAGUUGGCAAAAAUCAAAUCGCCGAACCUGCAGAGCCAGCAACACACCGCAGUCGUCCUAUCCUCUAUCGAAGAAACCCUCUCGGAACAGAAGACAAAAUUCACGGCCACUGCAUACUUUGCCGCUCUACUUGCCCUCCUCAAGCAGUCAACGGCGACCGGCUCGCAGCCAAACAGCGAGAAUGAAAUCCUCUCCUCGACCAUCUACCUCCUAGACUUGGUGACCUCCUACGUAUCCGCAAGCCUUCUCCGCACCCAGUUCAACACUAUUCUCUCCCUCCUAGCGCCGUACUUGAGCCCGUCGACGAAGAACGCCUCAUUGCUACGGUCAGCAAUCGGAUGUCUCGAGUCGCUAUUGGUAGCGCAGGAUUCCGCGGCAUGGAAUCUUCCCCAGAGCCAGACCAGCCCUCGGCAGGCUAUACUGGUACUUCUGACACUCGCAAUUGACUCCAGGCCGAAGAUUAGGAAAAGGGCGCAAGACGCGUUGACGUCCAUAUUGAAGAACCCCCCACCAGGACCUGCCAUCGAUCAUCAAGCUGCCGAACUAUGUGCAGCGGCCACCCAAAACAACCUCAAGAGUGCGGUAGACACAGUUCAUCAGGCGAAGCGCCAACGAGGACGACCCGACGAUAGUCACGAACCGGCCGUCAUACACGCUCUUCAACUCACAAAGACUAUUGCAGUCGCUUCAGGAGGUUGGCCAAGCAAGAAGAUCGAGGCACUUUGUGAAUUGUUGCUGGGGAUUUCCCGAUCGCGGAAUGAUUUCCUGGUCAUGAGUGCUUUUGAGGUGUUUGAAGUGAUUUUUGAGGGAAUGCAGGACGAAGUCUCAUCAUCAAAACUCCCACGUCUGCUAGAGGCUAUCGUGGAAUUGAAGCCUGCGCAAAACGACUCGCAAUUGAUACCGCCCUGGAUAGCAAUUGUAUCUCGCGGUUAUGGCACAGCUGGAGUGGUAGAGCCGGAGGAGACGUUUGCGAAAUUACCAGAACUCUUCGAUAUGGUGGCAGCCUUCCUUACGAGUCCAUCCCACAACAUCAGAGUUUCAGCUUCAGAAUGCUUGAUCUCCUUCUUCGCCAACUGCAUUCCCGACAGUGUCAUAUCAGAUCCGUCAGUGUACGACGAAAAGUUGCUGGAACAAAUGUCGAAGAAGGCGCUAGGUCUCCUUGCUGUCAAGUACCAGACAGCGUGGAUGGAAGUGUUCUCUGCAUUGGCUGCGCUCUUUGACGCUUUACGCUGGCGAGGCGACCCUUAUUUGCUUCCUAUCGUCAAAGCUAUCGGAGAACUGAGAAGCAACGAGGGCUUCCAAGGCAAGAAAGAAGCGGACGAUGUACUUGGCCAUGCCAUUCGAAACCUUGGCCCUGGCGCGGUCUUGAACGUCCUUCCGCAUAAUCUCAUCAAGCCACAGGCAGGCCAACCAGGCAGAGCAUGGCUUCUACCACUGCUGAGAGAUCAUGUUUCAAACACAUAUCUCGCUCACUUCAAAUCAGACUUGGUCCCUCUCAGCGAAGCCAUGUAUCAACGUAUUAUCGACCAUGGCCGCGCCGCUAAGACCAUGGAUGUGAAGAUCUACGAGACUGUUGUUCAACAGGUUUGGGCCACAUUGCCCGGAUAUUGUGACCUUCCUCUGGAUCUGCGAACUACCGUGGACCAGCCUUUUGCGGAAAUGAUCGCGAAUCUGCUUUACAAACAGACGGACCUCAGGGUUGACCUCUGCAGAGGGCUGCAAAAUCUGGUCGAAUCAAAUCAAGCCUUGCUGGCCUCAGAUCUGUCUGACGAAGUCUUGCUGCUUGAGAGACGUGUGUCAAGGGCAGAUGCCGAGGCGAACCUCCAGCACCUAGGACAAUUGGCAGGAAGCCUUCUGGCUGUGCUGUUCAACGUCUACAGUCAAACAUUGCCGCAAUCCCGAGCAUACAUCCUGCAGUGCAUCGACAGCUAUCUUAGCAUAACACCCGAGAAAGACCUGGUCGACACAUUCAAGCGAGUGUCCAAGAUGCUGGAAGAUGCGUUGCCCAAAUCCGAUCAGCCUCCGCCCAAGAAAGAAACCAAUGCAACGGCCGGUGACAAACUGCCGCCAACUUCUCACACCUUACUUGAUCUCGUCAUAGCACUUUCUGUUCACCUACCACGGUCCACGUUCGCCUCCCUUUUCUCACUUUCCUCCGCCGUCUUGACCAACUCGGCGGUUCUCAAGUCCGACCCUCAACUCAUCAAGAAAGCGUACAAACUCAUACCCAGACUAGCCAGUUCCCCUACCGGCGCAGAAGCUCUUACGGCUCGAAACAAAGACUUGCAGCAGCUGAUUCUAACGACAUCAGAAACGACACCAGUUCCGGCUCGUCGCGAUCGCAUUUUGGCCACGGAAACGCUUGUGUCGUUUCUUCCCUUGUCCGACCUCCACUUCAUUCCCAGCAUCAUUAGCGAGGUCGUGCUCGCUUGCAAGGAUUCAAAUGAAAAGGCUCGAACGGCAGGCUUUGAUCUACUUAUUGCCAUUACCAUAAAGAUCUCAAAUCCUGAGAAUCCUGCGGGCACCGUUAUUCGAAACCGCCUAGUGCCACAUAUGCCCGACGACUCUCCAGAUGCUCCAGCCACUUUGGAAGAAGUCUUCACUAUGGUCAGCGCCGGGUUGGCAGGCGUGGCUCCACACAUGGUCGCAGCAAGUGUGAUUGCGCUCAGUAGGCUACUGUUCGAGUACCACGACCAGCUUACCGACAAAACGAAAGAGGAACUCGUCGAUACGGUCACCAUGUUCCUACAGUCGAAUAAUCGCGAAAUCGUGCGUGCUGUGCUUGGCUUCGUCAAGGUCAUGGUGGUUGUUCUCCCAACACAGAUGUUAGAACCCAGAAUGCCAGCUAUCGUCUCGGGGUUGAUGGUGUGGAGCAAAGAGAAUAAGGGUAGGUUGAGAGCCAAGAUUAAGGGCAUCCUCGAUCGAUGCUUGAGGCGCUUUGACGCUUCAAAGGUUGAAAGCUGGGUCGGAGGUGAGGACAGGAAGAUGAUAGUCAACAUCCGCAAACGCAGGGAACGGGCCAAACGGAACAAGACUGCCGCUGACGAAGAUGAAGAGGAGCAGGACGGAGAGCCGUCAGCAGGGAAGAAAUACGAUACCGCGUUCGAUGAGGCGGUCUACGGUUCUGAGGAUGACGAUUCCGAGAUUGAAGGCGGCGAAGACGAAGAUUCGGACGGCGACGAUACCAUGUCUGGCGUUUCGUUCAAGAAAUCUGCGAGCAAGAAACGCAACGAGCAAUUUAUCAGACAGGAAGGCGAGGAUGACGAACCGCUCGACUUGCUAGAUCCACGAAGCAUGGCAAAUAUCUCGAGUAAGAAACUGGGCCGCCUCCGGGAUACUCAGUCGGGCGCAAGCAAGAAGACCAGAGUCAAUGAGGACGGCAAGCUGAUCUUUGGUGGCGCUGACGAAGAUGAGGAGGAAGCCGAUGUCGACAUGUCCGGUGCUGCUCAGGAUAACUCGGUCAAUGCAUACCUCGACGCUGUUUCAGGCGCGGACGCCGUGCGCCGUGGCCAGAAGGGCAGACUGAAGGUCAAGUCUGGGAUGCAGAAGUCUGUGCGGAAAGAGACGCGCCAGAAGGACGACGAAGACAUGCUUGGUGUCGAGGAGGCGAGGGAGGUCGCGAGGAAGAUCAUGGCAGGGUCGGGAAGUCCAAGGUCGCCCGGGGGAAGAGAUGGCGGGAACAAGAAGGGUCCGCAACAGCAGCGGCGCGCAUUGGGAGCGGAGAAGACCAAGGGACAGGAGCAGAAGCAAAAGUUUAGGGGCGGCGGCGGUGUAGGGAAGCGAGGGCAGGGCAACGUCAGGUUUGCGGGACGUCGGGGCCAUGGCAGAAGGUGAUGGCUUCAGAUACGUGAAUGGUCGAUAA